AUGAAAUCUACUUCCAUUUCGGCUGCCGAAUGGCCUUUUUUAUUUCUUGGGCUGAGCAGAAUAAUACACUUGAAUAUUGAAAAUAUUCAUUGGUGUACGCCGGACUCGAACCCGGUCCAAUGCAUUGAUCGGAAGAGGAGACUAGCCGAAGAGCAGCUCCUAAAGCAGACUUCGAAGGAGCCCAGGCCGGAGCGUAAGCGGGAAAAACCCCGCAAAUGGAUCAGACCCGACGCACUGAUCAUUCGCCCUGCCGAGAAGGAGAAAUACGCCGAGAUUCUGCGUCGAAUCAAGCAGUCUGUCCCUGAUGAACAGGUCCGUACGACUGUGGAAAAAAUCCACAAGACCAAUACCGGGGACAUGCUGAUCACACUUUCGAGUUACAUGAUUCACGAAUCAGGAGUAUGGAGCAAUAUCCAUAAGUGUUGGUUUUUUAUUCCUCGCCGAUGUUCUGUCAAGCAAUAUAAUGAAACUGAAGAUGAAAAAAUGAGCUGUAAUGUUUUACUUAAAGCAGAUGAAGAAUUUAAUCAUGUUGAGGUUACGCAGCUAAAUAACUGGAUACCUAUUAGAGGUUUCUCAAGUUUUAAGUUUCUUCCUGGUUCAGAAGAUAAAAUAAUAAUUGCAUUAAAAACUGAAGAAUAUCAAAGUCAAACGGCUACUUAUAUAACAGCCUUCACGAUUAAUGGCAAGUUACUUUUACCUGAUUUGAAAAUAGGUGAUUACAAAUAUGAAGGUUUUGAAUUUAUAUGA